ACCCGGAAGGACUGCAUGCGUCACCAGAGCGAGUCGGAAGUGAGGGCUAGCGAGGGAGGAACGCAGCAUCGACCGAGGCGCAAGAUGCCUGUGACUGUGGGGCCAUAUGGACAGUCCCAGCCUAACUGUUUCGACAGAGUGAAAAUGGGCUUCAUGAUGGGCUUUGCUGUUGGAAUGGCAGCAGGGGCACUGUUUGGCACAUUUUCCAGCCUCAGGAUUGGCAUGAGAGGAAGAGAACUGAUGGGUGGAAUUGGCAAAACCAUGAUGCAGAGUGGUGGCACAUUUGGGACAUUCAUGGCCAUUGGCAUGGGAAUCCGCUGCUAACUUGGAGCUUGGGAUUUUUUACCCUGAAGACUAGUGCCCUUAUCCAAUCAUUCCUCUUGUGUAAUAGAAUAAAAUCUUUGGGUAUCUAGA